UAAACGAAUUUCAAUUCCCUUUCUUCUUCUUCUUCUUCUUCUUCUUCUUCUUCUUCUUCUUCUUCGCCUUCUCCGCCAUGAAAUCUCCCGAUAUGGCCGCGAUUACCCAUUCUCUCGAGCACUCUUUCCGCACCUUCUCCCUCAACCACCGUCUCGCAUCGUCUUCCCCUUCUUUCUUGGACCACGAACAACCUCAUCAUCAGCUCCACACUACCUUGGACCUCAACUCUCACAUCUCCCUCCCUCCUUUCUGGGAACAAUGCCUCGAUUUGAAGUUCCGUUUGGUCUUCCAGACAGGGGAAGUCUACUACAGAAACUGCCGGACCGGAAUGAGAGUAAAGGAAGAUCCGAGGAGGGCGAAAGAUUUAUACUCGGAAGACGACGACGACGACGACGACGAUGAUGACGAGAGCUCGUCGGACGGGGGCAGCGAGGAAUCGUGUUCUUCGUCAUCUUACGCCGGUAGUAGACAGCAAUACCCGAGGGAAAACGAGGAGGAGGUGCUGGUGGUGGCGGGAUGCAAGCGAUGCUUCAUGUACUUCAUGGUGCCGAAACAGGUCGAAGGUUGCCCCAAAUGCAGCAGCAGUCGUCUUGUUCAUUUCGAUCGGACCCACGACAAUAAUGGCUUCCCAUGACAAGGAACCAUAUAUAUUUCUGAAAAAGAAAAUCAAACUGUAAUUAGGUUAUAUGACCUGACAAAAAAUAUUUGAUUCUUUUCCUUGGGAUUAAAAGCAAAUGGGGUUUGAAUUUUUCUUGUGCUCUAGCUCGCGUCAUGUCCAGGAUGUGUAUGAUGUCUCAGUGUGUGUUGAUGCGUAUGGAUUAAAAAAGUUUGAUUAAUUGGGAAGAGAAAGAAAGAGAAUCUCUGGCAUGGGCUGCCAUGGAUAUGCCUGAGAGAGGUACGAAAAAAUGUGCAGGUCUGAAAGGGAUGGUCAACGACUCAAACCAAGAAGAAGGAAUAUUAUUUUGCUCGUGAA